UCACCACGAUUGUCAGGUAGAUCUGGACCCUAUAAAAAGGCCUUCUUGGGCAGUUGCAAGUAGUUCGAAAGUAAUUACUACUUCAGAAUCAAGAAGAGCUUUAAAAGAUGAUGCAGAUCAAAUUCCUGUUUGCCUUCCUGGCUGUUUUGACCAUCGUUGUCCUGACCGCCAAUAUGACUGAUGCAUCUGAUUGCAUGUCUGGAAAAUUCACUGGACCCUGCUUCGCUUGGGAUGGAGAACUUUGCCGACGCCUCUGCAAGGAAGAAGGACGAGUCAGUGGACAUUGCAGUGCUGGAUUGGCUUGUUGGUGUGAAGAAUGUUAAAUGAACUUGUGUAAUAUUGUGUGCAAAAAAAAUAAUAAAUAUAUAUAAAUAUCAGAGCUAAA